AUGCCUUACUCAGCUGAUCAAGUAAAAAAUAAAAUUGAGUCAUCGUUGAGUGCUGAACACGUGGACGUUGAAGAUGUUUCAGAUGGUUGCGGUGCCAAGUUCAACGCUAUAAUCGUCUGCAAAGAUUUUUCCGGCAAAUCAUUACUGCAAAGACACAGGAUGGUGAAUGCUGCAAUCGCCAAAGAGAUGGAGUCCAUCCAUGCAUUCUCACAAAAAACAUACACCCCAGAGGAAUGGCAAAAACAGACACAACAACAGCCAAAAAUUUAA